AUGCCGGGAGAGGAGGAGGAGAAGACCGCGGCGACGGGGGCGGCCAGCGACGUGGCUGCCGGCGGGAGCCAGCAGGGGCUCAGCGCCGGCGAGGUCUCCACCUCCCGCAUCCGCGCCUCCUUCCCCGGCCCUGUUCUCGGAGCAGGAGGCCAGCAGGACCGCGUCGCCGGUCAGGCGGCCUCCCUGCCCGGUGGCGGUCCUCUGAUCGUGCCGGCGGCGCCCGUCUCGGCCAUCUUCCCGAUUGAAGGUCCGCAGCAUACAUCCUCGCCGCCGCAGCUCCCGCCGGGGGGCGCCUCAGUUCGCGGAGGACCCAGCGCGCCCGUGAUCUCCGUCGGCGACGCCACCCGGCCCAGCAGCCCAGGGCUCAUGGCGGCGGCGCCUCCUUCGUCGGUCGAGGUCAUCCUUGCCGACCAAGGUCUGCAGCAUCGGACGUCCUCGCCGGCGCUGCAGCUCCCGCCGGGGGCCACCCUGCCCAGCCCCAGCGCCAGCGCCAUCCCCAGCGAAGGAAAGCAAGCGCGCCUGGAUCGGUGGAUAUCGGUCGCGACCGACUACGUCAAGAAGAACAUGGGCCCUAAAUCACGCCCUGUUCUUUCUUCGUCCACGAUGAAGGGCGCAAUCCAGCCCGUACCUCUAGCUCCUGCUCUAGUGAUUCAUCGGCUGCGAGUUUCAUUUUCUACUAAUGCCGAGUAA